AUGGCUCACUACCCUAUUACCAUCGUUGGGACCGUAAUUAACGUCUCUGGCAGCCUUUCUGCCCAAGCAGAAGUCCUUACCGCUCGUUUUCCAUUCAAGGAUUCCCCCACCGAAAUUGAGACUGUUGCACGCUUUGUCAACUUUGCUGCAACCGAGAACGCCGAUGUCGCUGUCGCUGUCUUCCAGCACCUUCACCAGAAAUACUGCUCGACUGACAACAUCCACGUCGUUGUCCAGCAGCUCAAGCUCACCACCGAGCAAGCACAGUCUGUCCUCAAGGGCUACUACUCGAUGCUGCCGGAUGUUCCUCGCCCUGCACUCUUUGCCAAUGGCAAAGUGAAACUGACUGCCAUGUUUGGCGGUCAGGGUGGAAUGGACAAUUACCUGGAUGAAGCUACCUGGCUUCUUGACGUCUAUCGUCCGCUUCUUGCUGGCUACGUCACGGAGAUGGCUGCAUUCCUUCUUGAUACUUCAAAGGAGGAUGUCUUUGCCGAUGUCUACGAGUAUCCGGUGGAUCUUCUAGACUGGCUUUAUCGGCCUGAAUCCCGCCCUGACAUGGAGUAUCUCUCGCUCGCACCAGUUGCAGCGCCUAUUCUGGCUCUAAUCCAGCUCAUGCACCUGAUGGUCUUGUACAAGACACUUGGGCUUAGUCCUGGCGAACUUUCUCAGUCAUUCAAAGGUGCAAUUGGCCAUAGCCAAGGUGUUGUCCUUGCGGCGAUGCUACCGACGCUGACUGAUGAAAAGUCAUUCUACGACAAUUCAAGGAUUGUCUUGGGAAUUCUUAUUGCGGGUGGUUCCAGGAUCCAGCUCGAUGUCCCGCUCGAUACAAUCGAUGUGAGAGAUGCUAGCAACAGUGACGAUGGGGGUAGCAAGCCGUCGCCGAUGGUAUCUAUCCGUGGUGUUCCUCUUCCGGCGCUUGAGAAACUGAUUGCUCACUUUAACUCGUGCUGCCUCUUGCCGAUUGACCACGUCUUUCUCGCUCUCAUCAACAGCUUUGACAGUUUUGUUGUCACUGGCCGUCUGAAGGUUGUCAUGCAGUUUGUCCAGUUCCUCCACCAGCAUUGUGCGGAACCCGGUGCCGACCAGUCAAACACCCCAUUUUCUGUGCACAAGCCAGUUGUGGACAUGAGCUAUGUGAACUCAAGCAUCGUGACCCACUGCCCCCUCUUGCAAGAUACUGCUGAUUGGAUUUACGCAUUCGUCACUGAGAGAGGGUGGGUUUACAAGUCGCGAACUGGUACCGGUGCAGACCUAGAUACCACUCGUAUGGUCAUCGACAAAGUUUGCAUUCUGCGCGUCGACUGGCCAGCAACAGUCAAGGGAGCGGAUGCAACACACAUUGUUGACUUAAGCCCUGGUGGGUUCAGCGUCUUUGCUCGACUGGCACGCGGUAUCGUUGAUGGUGGCGGCGUCAACAUCAUUAGCUGCAGCUCGUUCAUCCCUCACAAACAUCGACUUCUGGGUUCCAAGGCUGACCUUUUCCAGCGCAACAUUCGCUUGGUGAUCCAGUCUAUGGAUUGGAAGAGAGCAUUCAGCCCCAGGCUUGUCCGAGUCAAGAGCACUGCGCAGGUUCACAUCAACUCGCCGAUGUUCCAUGCGCUGGGGCGUCCGCCAGUGAUGGUGUCUACUGUUGAACCGAGCACCACUAGUGUUCAGCUGGUUGCGGCUGCAAUCAACGCCGGCUAUCAUGCCGAGCUCUCCACCACUGGGAUUACAAGUGCUGGCCAACUGCAGAGACGAGUGGCCGACCUAGUCCAGCUCAUUGAACCUGGCCAGGGCAUUACCCUUUGCUGUGACUAUUCAAGCCAGGAGCAGUGGACAACCUUGUUCCCAGAGAUUCUGCGCAUGCGCCAAGCAGGCCAGCCGAUCGUUGGACUGAGUAUUUCUGGCUCUAUUCCAUCAGCUGCAGCAGCGACCGACAUUAUUGCCGGUAUACGUGACGCUGGUCUUCGUCAUGUCACUCUCAAGGCUGCAACUUUGGCCGACAUUCGUGCUACGAUCGCCAUUUCGAAGGUGGAUCGCAUGUUCCCUGUCAUCCUUCAGUGUAUGGGUGGCCGUAAUGGCGGCUACCAUUCGUGGGACGACUUUUACCAGCCAAUUCUCGAUACCUACAGCCUGCUCCGGUUCCACAGGAACAUUGUCCUUGUCGCUGGAUCCGGUAUUGGCGAUGCGGACACUGCGAUGCAGUACAUGUCUGGUAGCUGGAGUGUGCCAUUCGGACGCCCACCGAUGCCAUUUGAUGGAGUUGUGCUUGGCUCUUGCGUGAUGGUAGCAAAAGAGUCUGGUCUGUCAGAUACUACCAAGCAGCUCAUCGCUGGCACAGCUGGUGUUGGUCCAAACGAGUGGAUGGAUACGUACAGCGGUGUUGUUGGUGGUGUCACGUCAAUCGCUGGCGAAAAUGGCAAGCCGAUGCACGUUAUUGCGACGCGCGCAGCUCUAUUCGUCAAGGAGCUACAGGGCUCUAUCUUCUCACAGGCGGCUGACAAGCAGACUGAGCUUCUCCAGCAGAAGAGAGACUCCAUAGUCCAGCGGCUAAACUCUGACUACAUCAAGCCCUGGUUCGGCCAAAAGGCAGACGGCUCGGUUGCUGAACUGCAGGAUAUGACCUACCUGGAGGUCAUCCAUAGAAUGAUCGAGCUCAUGUAUGUCGACGACAGGUCGUGCUGGCUGGAUGAUUCCUACUGCAAAAUUGUCGGUGAUUUUAUAAGUCGGACUGAAAAUCGCUUCUGCAGCCAUGAACGAGAAUGCAUCUUCUCCAGCUACUACGAGCUAAUGGAUGACCUGCAGUCUCCUAUCCAGUCUCUACUGCAAACCUAUCCUGAGCUUGGUACACAGACAGUAUCCGCAGAUGAUGUUGCGUACUUCCUCAUACUCUGCUCUCGUUCUGACCAAUAUCCAGUUCCAUUCGUUCCUGUUCUCGAUGGCAAUCUAGAGACGUGGAUGCUGCAGAGUGCUGUUUCCUUGUCGGCUAGUAGUGGCUAUAUCACUAGUCAUGAUGUUCAGCGUCAGCUGGUUCCCUAUGGGCCAGUUUCAGCCGGAUACUCGUCUACUGCCAACGCACCUGUGAGGGAUAUUCUGGAUGGUGUAUACCACGCCAUGGUUCGCGGCCUAUGCAAGAACAGUCCAACUACGAUACCAGCAACGGAAUAUAUUGGUGCUGAGCCCAAACCUACCACCAUACAGUCGGUUAUAUCCAGAGGCAUCAUGGGCACAGGCCGCCUAUAUACCCUUCCAUCUGACAACGGAUCCCUCCCAGACACUGACCCAUGGCUAGAAUUGCUGGCAGGGCCAAGGAAGAGCUGGCUACGCGCACUACUGACUUCACCAGCCAUAGUGCAGGGGACCAAGUUUGUCGCUAACGGCGUCAGGAGGAUCAUGCGUCCCAUGUCAAACCAGUCGGUGUCGAUCUCAGAGUCGGAUGGAAUCCCACAGCAACUCGAGGUAUUCGACAGCCAAGGGGAGCUUAAUAUAGUAUUCGAGUAUGCUGCGCCCAGCAACAUCACGGCCAAAGUUAUUCUGCCAGUCAAUGGCGAAAACCGUGAACUGGUUCUCAAAUUUCUGUACUGCCCGACACGCCCUGCGAUGCCAAUCACAGAAGUGAGUGAUGGCCGUGAUGGACGUAUCCACGAGUUUUAUUUUGGCCACGACAACCCACCUCAUCCCACUCUUGGAGACAUGUCUGUUGACUCAGACAUUGAGUCACCAGUAAUCCGAUGCCAGCCAUUUGGUAUUACCUACGAUCACAUCCGUCAGUAUUGUAGAAAUGUUCAAAAUAAGCAGAGAUGCUACAUUUCAGAUACAAGCCACUACGGAUAUGCCCCAAUGGACAUGGUCUUUCUAAUCGGAUGGCAAGGGCUUAUGGCGGUGCUAGAGAACCGACAGCUGAGCUCAGGGUUGUUAGACAUGGUUCACCUGGAGAACAGUAUGGACUACAUCGACAGUGGUUCACUGCUACGUGUUGGCGACUCUAUUACCUCAGAAGCUGAGUUGGUGUCUGCUGUGAAUUCCGAUGCGGGAAAGGUGCUGACCAUCAGCCUAAGGUUUUUCAGACAACGGACGUUGAUAGCUCAGAUGGCGACUGUCCUCCUGUUCAGAGGACACAAAAUCCUUCCGCCACUUGCUUUCAGUAAGGAGAGCAAAUCAGCAUCACUUGUUGUUUUGAACUCUGUAGCUGACGUUGCAGUGCUUGAAACUAAAGACUGGUUUGUCUACCUGGAGAACUCGCCAGCAAAGCUCACUGCAGGGUCAACAGUUGAGUUCGUGCUGGACACCAGAUGCAGGUUUAGACCUGACGGAUACUAUGCAUCUGUGUCAAUAGCUGGCCCUGUGUUUGCUGUUUUGGAUGGAGAUAAGCGUGUCCACAUUGCAAAUGUUGACUACCAGGCUGCUGGUGUAAAUGGAAAUGCAGUUGCCGCAUACCUCGCUAAGAGUUCGGUUGAUCAACGGUCGGGCAGUACCUUUGACAAUGGAGGACAUAAGGUUUUGCCGAUGCCUGGGGCUACAGCACAGUUCCGCGCCCCAUCUGGCUGCGGAGAGUAUGCGCGUGUAUCUGGAGAUUACAACCCGAUACAUUUAUCUUCACAGAUUGCGAGCUAUGUUGGGCUGUCAAGACCAAUUGUUCACGGGAUGUGGGUUUCUGCCGCAACACGGGCAGUUGUCGAAAGAUAUGCCGCAGGCGGGGAUCCGGCAAGAUUCCGUUCGUUCAAAACAGAGUUUGUCGGAAUGGUGUUCCCGGGUGAUGCGCUGGACGUGGAACUGAGCCAUGUGGGAAUGAAAGAUGGGUUCAUGCUCUUUGAGGGCAGGACUGUCAAUCAGCACCACGCUGCUGUCAUGACCUUCGCGGCAAAGGUUGAGCAGCCCAAGACUGCAUAUCUGUUCACUGGGCAGGGUGCCCAGUUUGUGGAUAUGGGUAUGGAUUUGUAUGCAAAGUCUCCUGCUGCCCGCGAUAUCUGGGACCGAGCAGAAAAGCACAUGUUUGACAAGUAUGGAAUAUCGCUGCUUGACAUCUUGCACCGCAAUCCAAAGAAGUUCCUUGUUCAUUUUGGAGGGGCCGCCGGGAAGAGAGUGCUUGGCAAUUAUCUCAACCUGUCUAGCGAGACUCAAGGAGCGUCGUCUCAGCUAUUUGCGAGGAUUUCUCCUAAGGCUACAAGAUUCACAUACCAUUCAGCCAGUGGGCUGCUGGAUUCAUCGCUUUUCGCGCAGCCUAUUCAACUGGUACUAGCGCUUGCGUAUAUGGCAGACAUGGAAUCCUGCGGGCUAAUCCAGCCUGCAACAGCAUUUGCUGGCCAUUCACUUGGUGAACUUUGCUCGCUAGCAGCUAUUGGAAAAAUUGUCUCUGUUGAGGCUGCAGUCGAGCUCGCAUUUUUCCGUGGACUCAUCCUACACACAUCGGUUGACCGCGAUGACAAUGGACAAUCCCAGUAUGCCAUGAUGGCUGUCAAUCCAUCAAAAGUCGGCGAAUGGUUUACCCUUGACAUAUUGACUAGUCUUGUCGAGCGAAUCCAGAAGCAAUGCAGGCAGCUGCUCGAAAUCAAUAACCACAACAUACAAUGCCAGCAAUAUAUUGUGACAGGGCAUAAGACUGCGCUAGUGACUCUUACUGACGUUCUGAAUAAGCUCUGUAAUGAUGAGACGUUCAGGUCCGGAUGCUCGAACGAGAGUGGUUUGUCCGGUUUCGUAUCUAGCACCUGUCUUGCCUGUAAGGAUCGUGGUGCUGAACUUGCUAAUGGGACAGCAACCACUGUUAUAACGGGAGUUGAUGUCCCAUCUCACUCCAAACAUCUUCUGAGCAGUGUUGAUGUGUUCAGGAACAUCCUGCUAAAGGCGAUUUCCCCUACUUCUGUCGAUGCCACUAGGCUUGCUGGAAAGUAUAUUCCAAAUAUAACAGGCGUGCCAUUUGAGGUAACGAAGAGGUACAUUUCGCUUGUUCACAGUAUCUGCCAGUCUCCUGUUCUAGCCAGCAAGAUUGAAGCACUUGAUGAUAGCAUCUCGACUGAUUCAGUUGCAAUGGAUAACCUUGCCUGUAUGCUGCUGGUUGAGUUGCUUGCAUACCAGCUCGCAUUCCCAGUACAGUGGAUAGCAACCCAGCAGUCACUCCUCAACAGCGGCGACAUUCGAAGAGUGGUCGAGAUCGGGCCCGCUCCGGUACUGGGCAAGAUGAUGAGGCAGUCAAUGUCUGGCUCUACAAAUCGUCGCUCAUCAAUCGAGCUCCUCCACGUUUCCGAUAAUAGGAAAGCAGUGUACUUUUUACCGCCAGAAGUCAACGAUGUGUCGAGCGUGGCUACGGCUGAUGAAGUCCAGAGUGAACCUACGACAUUGGCAAUGGAAGUCGAUGAAGACAGGGAUGUAUCGCUGGAUCAUGAGCAACUGGUAGAAACUAUAUCCAAGCAGGAAAGCAGUUCUCAAAUCGUAAGCCAACAAGUAAUAUCUGAGAAACCAGUUGACCAGGCCGAUAUUGUUCGCGCAAUAAUUGGCCAGAAACUGAAACGGCUGUCAAUUUCAAUUCCUGUCAGCCAACCCAUUAAGGUCAUAACGGCAGGCAAGUCAACAAUUCUGAACAUGAUUGCAUCCGACUUGCAAAAGGAGUUCGGUCGGCAGAUACCAAGUACUGCAGAGGACAUGACGAUUGCUGAACUUGUUGGGCGGCUUGGUCCACAUGACGGGAAGCUUGGAAGGCAUACGCAGAAUAUGAUUGCCAAGGUCUUUAGUUCCAAGAUGCCUCGAGGUUUCUCUCUAACUUCGGCAUAUAAUUAUUUGAACGACAGGUAUGGGCUUGGACGGCAGCGCCAAGAAGGUCUUCUCCUGCUGGCACUUACAAUGGAGCCGACUGAGCGCCUGACCAGUGAGCAGGAUGCCAGGCAAUGGCUAGCGAAUAUUGCCCAGCUGUAUGCUAAAAAGGAAGAAAUUACCUUCACCACACAUACGGCAGGUCCAACUACGAGUCCCGCACUGUCACAGUCCAACGCUCCAGUUGUCAACAGUGACGUGUUCAACUUGUCUCAAGAGAAACUGAACAUGCUAGCGACUCGGCAGAUCCAGGCCUUGAGAGAGUUCACUGGGACAGAUACGCAAUGUUCAGAUGGCCUGCUGGACACGUUAAAACAGCAAGUCACCGCCUACGCAAAGGAGCUGAGUGAUUUGCAGCUAGAACUAGGAGGUGAUCUCAUCAACGGUACGAAACAAAAGUUUGACCAGAAAAAGGCACGGCACUACAACUCAUACUGGAAUUGGGUGCGCCAGGAUGUGAUGCAGUUGGUUGCAGACAUAUUGGUCAAGGAUUCAUUUGACCCCAGCGAUGUGUGUGUCAGGAAAAGGUUGCAGAUGAUUUCCAACCGCUCUUGCCCCGACCUUUUGACACUAGUCAAUGGAUACCUGGCCGUUCUCGCUAGCAACAACAGUCUUGCUACAAAACAAGCGACGCGUGUUUUAGAGGAUCUGCGCCAAGUUUGCAUCGAUUCAAGUAACAAUGCACCAGUGUAUAGGGAGAUAUCUCCACCCCUCCGCCCAUGCACAGUGGUAACCAGCAAAGGCGAUGUGGUAUAUUCUGAAGAAAGACGAGAGCAUAUGCGGACAUUCAAAGAUUAUGUGAACGAUGCACAGCAGCGUACAUCCAUGAAUCCACACCUUCUAUAUAUAUCUGAAAGGCAUGAUAAUGGUUCAUGGGCGUAUAGCGCUGGCCAUACUCGACAAUACUUUGAUUCCCUGAAUGAGAUUGUGGAGAACGGUCUGACAUUCGAAGGAAAGGCUGCACUGGUCACUGGUUGUGGGCCUGGGUCAAUAGGGUCAAGUAUUGUUGAAGGGCUACUGACAGGAGGCGCUAGGGUCGUCGCAACAACGUCAAGCUAUGGUCUGACUACGAUUAGAUACUUUGAAAGGCCUGUACAGACAGUUUGUACAUCUAUGGUACAGGAUGGUCUGGGGUGGGAUCUGAGCUACGUCUUUCCAUUUGCUGCUUUUGCUGAACGUGGUGGUGACUUGACGAACAUUGAUUCGCGCUCAGAACUGUCAUUCCGCAUAUUGCUCACCAAUGUUUACCGAAUGAUUGGUGCUAUCAAGAUUGCCAAGGAGGCUCAUAAGUACACCCGCUCACCAACACUGAUCGUUUUGCCUAAUUCCCCGAACAAAGGUACAAUAGGCAAUAGCGGGCUGUAUGGUGAGGCAAAGAUGGCGCUGCAAUCACUUUACAACCGCUGGCACUCAGAGUCAUGGUCCGAAUAUAUCUCGCUCACUGGCGCGGAUAUUGGUUUUGUUCGGAACACAAGGAUGACGAAUGAUCACUCUGUCAUCUUUGAAGGAGUGGAGCAUACAGGAGUGCGUACCUUUUCCCGCGAGGAAAUGGCGUUCAAUCCUUAUUGGGCUGCUGAGUCCAGACACGGUGGAGCAAGCACAACUAUCGCCUAUAUUCCGUACUAUGAAUUCAGUACAAGGAUAUUUGGCUUGCAUCUAGCACAUUCCCAACUGGUCGCAGUCAACAGAGAGGUCCAUUUAAGCAAUAUUAGCGACAAUGUGGUUCAGCAUCAAUCCCGGUCUAGUCUGUUCAGGGAGUUUGACACAACCUCACCCCUUGCAACCCAUCGUAUUUCCUUCCCACCGACUCGCUCGUUUGACCAGCUCAAGCCACUACAUUAUCUCCAGGGAAUGAUAAAUCUUGAUAAAGUCGCUGUCAUAACUGGGUUUGGCGAAGUUGGUCCGUUUGGAAAUGCUCGGAUGCGCUGGGAAAUGGAAGCAUUUGGCGAGCUUUCCAUGGAGGGGUGCAUUGAGCUGGCGUGGAUCAUGGGUCUAAUCAAGCACUUUGACGGGCAACACCCACUGACAAUGGACCAUUAUAUUGGAUGGGUCGACGCAAAGACGGAUGAGCCGGUGAGGGACAUGGAUGUCAAGAAGGCUCAUGUAGGCGUGCGGUUCAUUGAACCGGAGCUGCAUGAUGGCUAUGACCCACACAAGAAAUCGUUUGUGCGUGAGCUGCAAAUCAGCCAUGAUCUUGAACCAUUCGAGGCAACUGAAGACGAGGCAGCACAUUUUAAACAUGGAAAUGGCGACAGAGUUGAAACAUGGGAGAAUUCCAACAGAACAUGGUCUGUCAGGUUCCUAAAAGGUGCAACGCUGCUUGUUCCAAAAGCCCUUCGAUUUGACCGCUACACAGCUACCCAAAUUCCAACUGGCUGGGACCCUGCCCGAUAUGGCAUUCCACAGGAUAUAAUCGACAGUGUGGAUAGGACUACAUGCUAUGCGCUAGUUUCUGCAAUGGAGGCGCUGGUUUCAUCUGGAAUCACUGACCCCUAUGAACUCUACCAGUACUUCCAUGUCUCUGAAGUUGGGCAUACGAUCGGUUCAUCAACUGGCGGCGUCCGAAGCCUUCGGGAUAUCGUCGUAAACAGGUGGGUCGAAAAGGAUGUACAUUCUGGGGUACUGAUCGAAUCACUAGUUAAUAGUCCAGAUGCAUGGAUAAACAUGCUACUGCUAUCAUCUGCAGGACCAUUAAAACCUACAUCAGCCGCAUGCGCAACUGCACUGGUGGCACUAGACGUAGCAAUCGAGACCAUCCAGAGCGGGAAAGCUAAGGUUAUGCUUGCUGGGGCGGUUGAGGAUUACACGCAGGAUACAGCCUAUGAGUUUGCGCAAUUACAGGCAACUGCUAAUACAGUUGAGGAACUUGCCAAGGGUAGAGCACCAGAGGAAAUGAGUAGGCCAUUCACCGAUACUCGGUCUGGGUACAUGGAGAGCUACGGAUCAGGCAUAUUUGUUGUCAUGUCAGCCUCAGCAGCAAUAGAGAUAGGAGCGCCAAUCUAUGGUGUUGUCGCUCUGACGGAGACGGCCACCGAUAAACAGGGACACAAUAUUGGGGCCCCUGGCAGAGGCAUCCUGUCUACAGCCCGUGAGAUCCAUUCCCAACCGUGCUCAGAUAUGCUGGACUUCAAUUAUCGGAAAAGAGGUCUUCAGCAGGAACAUAUGCAUAUCGAUAGGGCAAUGCGCUAUAAACGCCAAAAACUGAAUGGUUGUGGCGCGAGUCCCGGCAAUCAGGUUGCCCAAUCAACUGGUGAUGCACACCGUCGACGGAUGGCGGCCACAGACGUAUGGAAUACCGAAUUCUGGAAAGGCUGCUCUGACAUAUCGCCUGUUCGCGGUGCGCUGGCGACAUGGGGUCUAACUGCUGAUGAUAUCGGCAUGCUCUCUUUCCACGGUACUUCAACAAGGCUGAACGAUAUCAACGAAGCAAGUGUUAUUAACAAGUUACUGGCACAUUCGGGACGUACACCUGGCUAUCCUGCACCAGUCGUAAGCCAAAAGUGGCUCACAGGGCACCCAAAGGCUCCAGCAGCAGCCUGGAUGCUUAAUGGAGCUCUGCAGGCAAUCAGCUCUGGAAUCAUUCCUGGGAACAGAAAUGCGGAUAAUAUCGAUCCAGAGCUCAGGCAAUACGGCCAUCUUGUGUUUCCAUCUUGCCCCACUACAGUAUCCAAUCUGAAGGCAGCCUUACUUUCAUCGUUUGGCUUAGGUCAAGCCGGCGGCAUCAUUUUGGUUCUUAACCCGGACUACAUUCUGGCAACACUGUCAGCUGAUGACCUGGAAGGCUAUCAAGGCAAGGUAGAAAAACGGAAAAUCAAGGCGAACAGAUAUUUCCAGGAAGCGCUAAUUGGGGCUCGCAAUCUUAUUAGCGUGAAGACUGCACCACCAUUCACCUCUGAGCAGGAGGACGAAGUGUAUCUAAAUCCGUUAGCCCGCGCAUCGUAUGAUGCCACCACUCAUUCAUAUCACUUUUAAAGUGGUUUUAUCUAAUUAGGCUGUUGGUAAAAUAUACAGGUUUUUUUGUGAGUGGUUGUAUGGCUUUAGAUGGUUUAUAUAGACUUUGCAUGUGUUGGAAGGUCAUGAGUUUAAACGAGUAGUUUGGACUGGGCCAGCCAGAAAAAAGAAGAAAAACUACGAAUAAGAAGAGAAAGUGGAGGAUCAGAGACGUGGUUGUAAUAGCACAUGGAUCCAGUGAGGAAUGGAAAAAUGUAGAAACCUAGAGAAUCACAGAUUCUGAAAAUAUGCAAUAGCAUAUAUCAAAUACACAACUUCAUAAAUAUAUAGUCAUCGAAAUAAUAAAAUCAG